AUGGACCACAACCACGGAGGACCGGACGAUAUGGAGAUGGCCUGCCCCAUGCAGAUGUCGUUUCAUGGUGGCAGCUGCGAAAUAAUCCUCUUCCCGAGCUGGGCGACAACCGAGGCCGGUGCAUUCGUUGGUGCCACCAUCGGGUUCUUUCUGCUCGCGUUCGCCUACGAAGGGCUCAAGUAUGGUCGGGAGCUGCUGCACUUUUCCGAUGCAUCCAAACGCGGCACCCAUACCAACGAUAAGCGUACGCUCAGGCAAGCGCUACUCUGCCGAAUGCACAUGAUACAGACGCUGCUGCAUCUGCUGCAGGUCAGCGUCUCCUACAUCCUGAUGCUGAUCGUGAUGACGUACAACUGUUGGCUCUGUCUGGCGGUGGUACUGGGCGCCAUGUGUGGCUACUACGUGUUCGGCUGGGUCCGGAACAGUUCCGUCGAUCCGACCGAACACUGCAACUGA